GUCAGAGAGUGUCUCUGUAAAAAGAACUCUCAGUGGAUAUUUGGUUUGAAAGCCAUGGGGAUAUUAGAUGUUUUUCUCCAUUGCUUCAGUUACACAUUCUUGUUGGGGGCUUUCACAGUUGUCCUGUUCAUGUAUUUAAUCUCCCCUUCCAGUUUCAGUACCAAAAAACAUGGUAAGGAGCCUCCAGGACCCAGACCACUCCCCUUGCUUGGGAACCUGCAUCUGGAUCUGAAAAAACCCUACAACACAUUACUGGAGUUAUCUAAGAAAUAUGGAUCAGUCUUUACUGUCUAUCUGGGACCCAAAAAAGUGGUGGUCCUGGCAGGAUACAAGACAGUGAAGGAGGCACUUGUCGACUAUGAUGAUGUGUUUGGUGACAGAAAUCCACUGGAGAUCAUACGUGAACUCACUCAAUCACAUGGUAAACUACUUUUGUGGUCCAAUGGCGAUUCAUGGAAAGAAAUGAGGCGCUUUGCACUGACUAACCUGAGAGACUUUGGGAUGGGCAAGAGAGCAUGUGAGGACAAAAUAAACCGACAGGUGCAGGUUGCCGAUAGGAAAAACCUUCCCUUCACUGAUGCCGUCAUCCAUGAGACACAGAGACUGAGCAGCAUCGUCCCCACUGCACUCCCUCACAAAACCACCAGAGACAUCACUUUUCAGGGUCAAUUUAUUGAGAAGGGAACCACAGUGUUUCCUCUCUUGACAUCUGCCCUGUAUGAUCCCAACGAGUGGGAAAGACCGCACAGCUUUUAUCCUGCUCACUUCCUGGACAAAGAGAAAACGUUUGUCAAGCGAGAUGCCUUCAUUCUAUUUUCUGCAGGUUGCAGGGUUUGCCUUGGAGAGAGUCUGGCCAGGAUGGAGCUCUUCCUCUUCUUCACCACCCUCCUUCAGCAUUUUCGUUUCAUCCCUGCACCUGGAGUUUCAGAGGAUGAAUUAGAUCUGACUCCAGCUGUGGGUUUUACUCUCAGCCCUUUGCCUCAUAAACGGCGAGCUAUUUCCCGUAUGUAAGGAAACUGUAUUUGAACGCUGUACCAGUCUUCUCUGAAUCACGUUAUUAUUUCAUGACAUACAAGUAAUCGUAAUAGAUUAUGAUUAGGUAAAGGCUUCUAUGGAAAUUUAAAAGUUUGCAAAGCCAGAGCUGACCUCUGGGCCAUAGGUUUGAUAUCGAUCCUUUAAAUUUAAGCUUUUUGUACAGCUCCAUCACAUGAAUCUAAGGCUACAUUCACAUUGCAGGCGAAAGCGCAUCAAAUGCAACUUUUUUGACCCUGUGCAACCCAUAUACGAUCAUGGUAUGACAGUUUCGCUUUGAGGGUUCACACUAGAGCGCGUUUGCUGUCACAUUUUAUUUGUAGUGUGAACAAGCAGACAAAAAAAAAUCCGAUUUGAUCAAAAAAUCGGAAUUGAGCAUUAAGACCUGCAGUUUAAACAUAGCCUAAAUGAGCAUUUUCUCCUGGAAAUGGAGUCUCCAAUUAGUUUUUUCAUAAGUUGGUUGAUUGUUUUGCUCAACAUGUUCACUGUAACUUAAA